CUGGUGACUUAUUCCUUAAUUUUUAAGUUUGGUAUUGACUUUUCAGUUGUUCACCACCUUCCCCUUUUUCUUCUUCUUCCUAAAUUUUUGUUCCGCUUCAUUUCCAAUUCAACUACUCCUUCAACCCCCACAAGACAAAGGAAAAUAUCAACAAUACAAUAAAAUAAAAUAUAUCAUAAAAGAUUUUUCCCAAUUCAUUAUUCUUUUCGUACUUCGCCAAACUCAGAAGUGAUCUGGAUCCGCAAUUUAUAUCCUAUGACCAUGAACGCCGCCUCUUAUUCUUCCGUUGUUUCGCAUUCUGCUUUCCGAAGUUUGGAUACCAAGCUUUCUCCGUCAUCUUCUGGUAUCCCAAGUCUUAUUCGUGUCACUUGUCAUUCGGAUUGUAACAAGUCUACAUCACAAGCAUCCUUACUUUUGUGUCGUAGCUCAAAUAAUGGAUGGAAGGGCAUGCUUGGUGGAGCUUCUUCUUGGGAUACCCUUCCCAGGAGGAACCUAAUUGGUCAAACUUCUUAUUCUGUGAGUACAACCACAUAUGGAGGGGUUGCUAUAGAAUCUCCUUCUCAUAUUGCAGAAGAAAAAGUUGGGGUACUGCUGCUCAAUCUAGGAGGACCAGAGACGCUGAAUGAUGUUCAGCCUUUUCUGUUCAAUCUCUUUGCUGAUCCUGAUAUCAUCCGUCUUCCAAGGCUGUUUCAGUUUCUUCAGCGACCACUUGCAAAAUUGAUUUCUGUACUUCGGGCUCCUAAAUCCAAGGAAGGAUAUGCUGCAAUUGGUGGGGGCUCUCCUUUACGCAAAAUCACAGAUGAUCAGGCACUUGCACUUAAAGAGGCUUUGGACGCAAAGGGCCUCUCCUCAAAUGUCUACAUUGGGAUGCGGUACUGGUAUCCAUUCACUGAAGAAGCAGUUCAUCAAAUUAAGAGAGAUGGAAUAACAAGGCUUGUGGUGCUACCACUUUAUCCCCAGUUCUCUAUUUCCACUACUGGAUCUAGCAUCCGCGUUCUACAGCAUAUGUUCCGGGAAGAUGCUUCUUUGUCCAAGCUUCCUGUUUCCAUUAUAAAUUCUUGGUAUCAACGACAAGGUUACAUCAAGUCAAUGGCUGAUUUAAUCGAGAAGGAGCUACAGAGCUUUUCUGAACCGAAGGAGGCAAUGAUAUUUUUUAGCGCCCAUGGUGUACCUGUCAGUUAUGUUGAGGAUGCUGGUGAUCCAUACCGCGAUCAAAUGGAGGAGUGCAUCUACUUGAUCAUGCAGGAGUUGAAAGCUAGAGGAAUUAACAAUGAGCACACUCUUGCUUAUCAGAGUCGAGUGGGCCCGGUACAGUGGUUGAAACCAUAUACAGAUGAAACUCUCGUUGAGCUUGGUCAGAAAGGUGUGAGGAGUCUUUUAGCUGUUCCAGUGAGCUUUGUGAGUGAGCACAUAGAGACCCUUGAAGAAAUUGACAUGGAGUACAGGGAGUUGGCUCUUGAAUCUGGUAUCAAGAAUUGGGGGCGUGUUCCUGCUCUUGGUCUCACCCCUUCCUUCAUUACAGACCUGGCAGAUGCAGUGAUAGAAGCUCUUCCAUCUGCAAAAGCAAUGUAUGCAUCUACCAGCACUUCUGAAGAAGAGCAUGACCUACUUAGAUACUUGGUCAAGAUGUUCUUUGGUUCAAUAUUGGCAUUCAUCUUGUUUCUGUCACCUAGAAUGAUAACGGCAUUCA